AUGGAUCCAUUAGAAAAGCUUCAUGAUCAUGUUCAUGAAUUAAUUUUCCAACAUCUAACAGUAGAUGAAGUUUUGAACAGUUCAUUGACAUCGAAAUUGUGGUACAAGGCAAUCGGAAGGUCAAAUGAUGUGAUGGGAAAAAUUUGGUUGAAUGUCGGUGAUAGAUUCAAUGAACCAACGAAAUACGAUUUAAAAGCUUUUAGAGGCAGUGAAAGAAUUUAUCAGAAUUUUAAAAUCUCGGAGAUUGAAAAUGGUUUGCAAAUUUUGGUGUUUCCAAAAAGGGAAUGGAGACGAGCUCAAAUGGAUAUUCAAUCGUUCAUUAACUAUAAAGACUACAUUCAUCUUCUUCAGAUUUUUAGUGAGACUAUUGUUGAACUUGAAAUAUUCGACAUGGAUAUUGAAGACGAUAAUUCAAAUAUUUUGAAAUUGGAUUUCAAAGAACUUCAGAAACUUCGAUUUGAGUUUGUCACUGCCGUUGCUUUGAAGCCUUUCAAUCAAAAGUUGAAGAAACUCGAACGACUUUCGUUAGGAAACAUUAUAAGCGAUGGAGGAGAAGCUUUGAAUCAAUUUAUUUCUCUUCAAUCACAAAUAACUCAUCUGAGUUUAUCAUCUGACGCAUUUUAUAAAAUAUUUGAAGUUGAAAAAGAAUUUUCGUUCAAAUUAAAAUAUUUACUUGUCGAGUAUGCAGAAAAGUGCGAGAAAGACAAUUCUAGGAAUGUUGUCAACAAUUUUGUAAAGUUUAUUCAAACACAAGAACAAUUGAAAUGGAUAACGCUUUGUGAAUGGACAAAUAUUGAAGUUGUUCAAGAAAUUCUUAAUUCUAAGUUUAUUGAGCGAGUCUCGUUUGAUUAUUUUGAUAAUGAAUCGACGAUACUUGACGUAUCAACAAUUAAACUUAAUCAGAGUCGAUCGAUUAAGCAUAUUGACUUUGAUUGUGAAAACAUCGAUGGGAACUGGAAGAAUUGGAUCAAACCAAUAAUAGAAUCAUGUGGUGAAGUUACAAAAAUUUAUUUCUUUCACAUUCAUGAAGAACUUUUCGAAUUUGUUGUAGAAAAUUGUAAACAUUUAACUUCUCUUGAGUAUUGCUCAAUAUUCAAAGGUUUUGAAAAUAAUUUUAAUGAAUUAAAAUUUAAAAAUGAUCGAAAUAAUUUAAAAAUUGUCGAAAACAAAUUUUUAGAUUUAAGAAAAGAAAUUUUUAAUUAA